AUGAAGACUUCAGUCGUUUUAGCUGCUGCUUUGACAGCAAUGAAUACUGCUAAUGCAGCCGUUAUUCCAUUUUUUGAUGGUGAAUUAUCUAUCAAUUAUGAUGCUCAUUCAGGAUGGUCAUUUGGUUUUGAUAAACAACCUGCUCAAUCUGGUUCUCCACCAGCUACAACUACACCUGGAAGUGGAAGUGGAAGUACAACUACCCCCGCUACCACAGCUGAUGACGGUGAUGAUGAUGAGGGUUCAUGUGAUGACUCUGGCUCUGCACCACCAGCUAAUAAUGGUGGCAGUAAUGGUUCUUCUUCAGGUUCAGGAGAUUACUUUUCUCAAUGGAAACAAGGACUCGACAACUUAAUUCAAAAAGGUAAGACAUGGUUUAGUGGUCUUUUCGGUUAA